UUACGCUGAGAAUUUAGUUUUAGUCAACUAUAAAUCAGCGUUGCAGGCAUACAAACCGUUGGAUAUGAAAAUGGGAACUAUUACAUUUGUGACAUUCGCACUUCUGAUCUUUGUUUCCACACUAAGCUCUACUGAAUCGGCGAAAAUUCUCGCAGUCUUUCCUUUUACGGGUCCUUCGCAGUAUAUAUGUGUGCAGUUGUAUCUGAAAACAUUGGCGGCGCGCGGUCACGAGGUAACUUCCGUAUCGGCUUUCCCCCAAAAGUCAGCAAUCAAAAAUUUUCGUGAUAUAACCAUACCAAUUGAGCAGGCGGAGCAUGACACAUUCGUUAACAUUGCGAUCGAAGAAAUGGUUCGAAGUAAACUAGAUCAAUUACGCGGUGUGCAGGAUUACGUGGAGAUGAGCAUCUUGUCGACUUUUCAAAGUGAAGACUUUCAGAGAUUACUGCACUCUAAAGAGCAUUUCGACCUCAUCAUUAUCGAAGUACUCUUGGCGGAUUCACUUUACGCACUGGGUCCACAUUUUAAUGCGCCCUUGAUUGGCGUCUCGACGUUCGGCACAGAUGUGGUUAUCGAUCAGUUGGUGGACAAUAUUUCACCGGUGGCCUAUGUACCAGCACCAAGCGGUGCGCACUUGGAUCGUAUGAAUUUUUGGCAACGCCUGGAUAAUUUAUAUGUUUAUACAAUGGAAUUGCUACAUGCACAUUUAGUUAUGCUACCGUCACAACAGCGGAUAUAUGAAAGAUAUUUUCCAAAUGCCACACUAGAUUUAAGUGAGGUGCGUAGAGAUUUCUCUCUCCUGCUGCUCAAUCAACACUACUCAUACAGUUGGCCUCGACCGUUAGUGCCGAACGCGAUCGAAGUCGCUGGCAUGCAUAUUAACGACACAUUGCAAGAAUUACCAGCUGAUAUGGAAGCUUUCAUCAAUGCCUCACCCAAAGGUGCUAUCUAUUUCUCACUCGGCUCGAAUAUAAAGAGUGCAUACUUGCCCAAAGAAAAAUUGAGCGCCAUUAUGGAUGCCUUCGCCUCGUUGCCGGUAAACGUGUUGUGGAAAUUCGAAAAGACCGAUCUGCCGGGUAAACCAAAAAAUGUCUUCAUCAAUAAAUGGUUUCCACAAUCAGAAAUUUUGGCACACUCCAAUGUGAAACUCUUCAUCACUCAUGGUGGCAUGCAUAGUUUGAUAGAAGUGGUGCAUCACGGCAAGCCAAUUGUUGGUAUGCCGAUAUUCUACGAUCAGCAUUUGAAUGUUGAGCUGGCGUUAGCUAAAGGUUUUGGUGUGGUUGUAAAUUUUCGCAAUUUUUCCAGCGCAGAUUUGCGUGACGCCAUUUUAGAAGUUUUGAAUCAGCCGAAGUAUGCUGAGAACGCCCGAGCGGCUUGUGCAAACUUUCAUGAUCGACCAAUGAAACCGCUCGAUGCAGCGAUCUAUUGGACGGAGUAUGUGCUGAGACACAAAGGUGCGCCGCAAAUGCGUGUGGCAGCGCGACAUUUGAACAUCCUGCAAAGGCUUAGUAUAGACACAAUGGCAGUAUUGUUUGGUGUGCCAUUAUUGUUGGGGAUUUUUGUAAUUAGGUAUUUUUAUAAAACACUCAGAGCAUUAUUUGGCAAAAAACAUGGUGCUAAGUUUAACGCUAGAAAGUCGAAGCGCGAGUAAGCUGUAGAGCGUCAAAAAGGGUUGUGUCAUAGGGUCAUACAGAACAUCUCUUUGUCGAUUGUACACAGAUUCUUUAAGUAGCCCCAGUUCGUAUGUGAAAGUGAAUACCAAAGUGAAUUCAUGUCAGAUUUCAUCAACCCAGAUCACUUUUAUAUGAUAAUUGCUUUUCACAUUCGAAAAGUGAUAAAUGAAAAGUCAUUGUUUGUAAAGUAAAUACCAGAUGCUGUAAACAAUUUAAUUGUUAUUAAUCAAAUAUAAAUAUAUAUUAUAUUAUAACUAUUUAUGAUAUAAGCACAUUUAUUAUCAAUUUUGAAUGCCUACACACAUACAAAUAAUACAAUGUACUCGUAUGUAUGUAAAUUGCUGACAAGUUGAGUGUUGAUAACAAAUCGAGUAUUUUCAAGCACAACAAUUUCGUUUCAAUAAUUGAAAUUACUAGAUGCUUUGAUAACCAGUUUGCUGCUGAGCUAAGUAAAGAGAUAUGUGUAUAAAUGGGUGUGGUUUAAAAUAGGCGAGCAUUGCUUUUAAUGGAAGUAUUAGCUCUGUUCGGUGAGAAAGGUUAGUAAGAAUUAGUUAGCAAUGAAAAUGAGCUAGUAAGAAGUUUUACUCUCUCAAAGAGUGAAAUUUACUGAGUUUUCAUCACGCAGAUCUCAAUGAAAAUUAGGCAGCAAAUUGUACAGGGUUGUCUAUUUUGCGAUUUCGGAAACAAACGUAAAUCAAAUGCAAUUAUAGUAAUUUUUUUCUGUAAUUAUUUUUUUGUUAAAAACUUUGAGGAAAUUUUGGAACAUAUUGGGUGGUAUUUCAGCCAUAAAUCGACAAAUGUUGGUUUUCAAGUGCUUAAAAUUUAACGCACUAUCGCCAGUAACACCAAAAAAAGAUGUUCAAUGGAGUCAAAUCGCACGAUCUCGAGUGCCAAUUGACAUUAUCAAGGCGAAAGAGUAUGCAACCGCGUAAUUGCUUUCGAAAUAAAACCAUAUUUAUUCGUGUUGUGUAGCAUGUUCAAACCAUCAAGCGGUGUUCUUCAAGUGCAGGCCGAAAAAGACGGUCACCGUACGACCAUAACUCUUCGGAAUGGCAAUAAGUCUUUUUAUAUAUACAUUUUUAGCCAUUAUUUGAGUAUACUCGACGCGAAAAAUGCGACAAUUUAAUUGAAUUUAAAUCAUUUGGUUUACACUGCUUUCUAGUAAUUUAAAGCAAAGCAAAAUUAGUUUAUAUACAUACUCUCCAAUCGUACCAGUCGACUGGAAGAGUCAUAAAUAGGCCUAAGUUGUGGCCGUCACUGCUUGCGCAUUUUUAAGCAAAUUUAUAAUUUUCGUCGACGAAUCUCAUAAUCUAAUCUAUAUGUACGAAUAUAAACGACAAUUAAAUAUGCGUAACAAUUAAUUAAUUUUUGUGUUCAGCAUACAUUGAUUAUGACAGAAAUGUUGCAUUUUCAUAGCGAAUUUCAAAGUUAUUUACAAAAGUCUCCACUGGCAACCUUACACAUGGAUCGCAAAUCGGUUAAGUCUAUUUUAUGUAAAAAAAAAAUGCAAAUGACCGCUGGUUUCUACGGGAAACACGAUAAUAACGGCAUCGGCAAGCGUCUUUCUCUCUCUACUAAACAUCAAAAUUGUGCUCUCUCUGUCACGUAUUGGUUUUUUGCCGCAUCGAACGCACCUCUGUAAAAUUGGAUAACAAUUGUUAUUGUUCAUUAGGUCACCGAACAUGAUUAUUAUAAAUAUUCAUGACACACACUCAUACAUACACGUAUGCAUAUGAGACGUGCUUGAACUUCAAAUCUGCAUGUGUGUAUGUGUAUGUAUGUAUAUUUGAAAUUAUAUUUUAUUACUGUCUAAACAGUAAAUAUGUUAUUCCUUUAAAUAAAAUAAAUUAAGUCUAAUCAACCCGUAAGAUAAGAGAAAAUAAAAUAACUACUCUUCAUUUUUUAAAUAAAUUGUUGAACCAAAUGUAUCAACAGUAGAUAAAUGUGCGCUAAAGAGCAGUCACUUAUAUCAAGGUCUAAUACACCUUGAAAAUUUAUAGUACAAGGUUAGUUUGAUAAGACAACAACUUGGGAAAUAUAAGAUACAAACAUAUGUAU